AUGGCCUCCUUUCCGACCGCCGUGCGGUCAACGCAGAAGGUCGCACACAAUGUCCUCAGAAGGCAACCCAUCUCCGACGUUGCCAUUACCCGCACCGGCAAGCCCAUCCUGCGAACCCAGGGCGGAAGACACUCUCUCGGUGGACACACCGCGACCGUCUUCGGCGCAACGGGCCAAGUUGGACGAUACAUUGUGAACAGGCUGGCUCGUCAGGGAUGCACCGUUGUCAUCCCCUUUCGCGAGGAGAUGGCCAAGCGCCAUCUCAAGGUUGCCGGUGACCUCGGCCGCGUCGUCUUCAUUGAGUACGACCUCCACAACACUCAGUCGAUUGAGGAGAGCGUUAGACACUCGGAUGUCGUUUAUAACCUGGUUGGCCGAAAUUACCCCACCAAGAACUUCUCUCUCGAGGAUGUUCACGUUGAAGGAACAGAGCGGAUAGCCGAGGCUGUGGCCAAGUACGAUGUCGACCGCUUCAUCCACAUGUCCAGUCACAGCGCCAGCCUGGAGUCCCCUUCGGAGUUCUACCGUACCAAGGCCCGCGGAGAGCAAGUCGCCCGUAGUAUUUUCCCCGAGACAACCAUCGUCAGACCGGCACCCAUCUUCGGCUUCGAGGACAAGCUUCUCCUCAAGCUUGCUAGCGUCAUGAACCUCCUCACUUCCAACAACAUGCAGGAGAGAUAUUGGCCCGUUCAUUCCAUCGAUGUCGGCCAGGCUCUUGAGUUGAUGCUCUACGACGACAGCACGGCGGGCCAGACCUUUGAGCUUUACGGACCCAAGAACUACUCAACGGCCGAGAUCGCCGAGUUUGUGGACCGCGAAAUCUUCAAGAAGCGCCGCCACAUCAACGUUCCCAAGCAGAUUCUACAGCCCGUCGCCGCUCUUCUGAACAAGUAUCUCUGGUGGGACAUCAUGUCCGCCGAUGAGAUCGAGCGCGAGUUCAUUGACCAGGAGAUUGAUGAGUCGGCCAAGACCUUCAAGGACCUCGGCAUGGAGCCCGGAGACAUUGCUAAGUUCACGUACCACUAUCUGCAAGGAUUCCGCAGCGGCAACUUCUACGACCUUCCCCCAGCGACCGAAAAGGAAAAGAGGGAGGAGCGCAAGUACCUGCACGUUCUCGACGACCACGUCCUCUCCUCCCAUGCCCUCGCAGCGUUGGCUGAGUUCAAUUCCGAGAAGGAUGCUCACCAAGAGAAAUUCGCCAAGCUCCAAGCCCAGGCCGAGGCCAACGCAGCGGGCGGUGCUCCGCUUUCCAUGGACGCCUUCACCGAGGACUGGAACGAGUCGCAGUUUUGGUACUCGGAUGAAACAGCCAAGCUAGUUGCUAGCCAACUUCUCGAGGGUGCCGGCGAGGGGUCCACCAUCGGCGUCGUGUCUGCCCCGAGUGUGUUCGUCGCAUUGCGCAACCUGUUGAAUGAUCCCGCUCAGAGCAAAGGACGGCCAAAGGUGGUGCUACUGGAGCACGACAUGCGUUUCAACGUCUUCCCAGAGUUCGUCUUCUACGACUUCCAACAGCCCUUCAAGCUCCCAGCCGAGCUCAAGGGUGCUUUCGACCGCAUUGUAUGCGAUCCGCCGUUCCUCAGCGAGGAUUGCCAGACUAAGGCUGCCAUGACGGUGCGAUGGAUGAUGAAGCCAGAUUCUGCAGCCAGCGGUCGGGUUAUUGUAUGCACUGGCGAGAGGAUGGAGAGCCUCGUCACCAAAGUGUACAAAGCCCUCGGUGUGAAGACGACGACCUUUGAGCCAAAGCAUGCUAGAGGCCUUAGCAACGAAUUCUACUGUUACGCCAAUUUUGAAUGUAAAGACUGGAGCUGGCGGGAGGCGGCUAGCUGA